AUAUAUAUAUGUAUAAAUAGAGUAUAUAGUGUAAAUGUGUAAUAGUGUAUUGUAUACUUAUUUCAUAAUUCAUUUUUUAGGUAUUCAACCUUUGAAACUUCCGCGGACUUCUAAAACCAUAUUUGAGUUGCCUAGAGAAAACUUGAGUGAGGCUGAACUCGUUGGAAAAUCGACUUCCGAUAGAACCAAACGACGUGUGGCCCACGAAGCGUGGUUUCCUGUACCGGUAAUCGCUAGGCCUGUAGUUCCGGUACAGGCGGUUGCUCAGCCGAUUCCGAAAAAAAAGCAUGUCUUAAAGAAGGAAGAGUUGACGAUAAGGUUAAAGCAAACAAGAGAAACUUAGGAGACUUAGACUUUGUCGAAGGGACGAAUAAGAAGCAAAAAAAAGCCAAAGUUGAGAAGUCAAAACAUA